UGGAGAAUGAAUGCCGAGGACCAGCUCUAAGCACACGCACACAAAUAGUAGGCAGGGGCACGAUUCACUUGCAGAUACGAGUUUCAGCGAGCUCCGGUCUUGGCAGGUUGGUCAGAGUAGGCUCCUGCUAUUGGCUGCCUGAUGAACAGGAUCUGCCCAGAGCCCUUACACAAAACCACGUCCGAGCCGCGACUCCCGGACAAACAAAGUUCCAGAUGAGGAGGGGUGAGCAGAGACAAGAUCCGCACUGACCAUCCAGGCGCUGGAGAAACCUCAUAUAACUAAUGUGAAGUGCUGAGAGGAUUCCAUUGAGAACACCAGCCUGACCUUAAAUGCUUUAAGAUUUUUUUUAAAAAAAUUCCUGAAUAAAUUUCCAAUAGAUUUUUUUUUCAUUUUGGACUUUUAGUCAAAUAAAUAUUGAUGAUGCAGAAGUGAGUGACUUUUGUGAAGUUACCUAGCCCAAAGGUGUAUUGUUUAGCGGACCUGUGACUUGCUUCUCUCAUUAGUUUGAGAGCUUUGUCGUGCUUAUUGAUGGCAGAGUGUCGCCCCUGGCUGGUGCUGUGGGUGGGCUGCUGUGCCUGCCUGUGCAUGGCCCUCGGAGAACUAUUGAAGGAUGGGCUGCUUGGAGUUGGCAUGGAAACAGGUGACGCUGCCCGGCAAGAAGAAGCGGCGUUUCCCUUGGGGGACACAGUGUCGGAGCACAUGCUGAGGCUCUAUGAUAAAUACAGAAGUGGCGGAGGGAGGGCUAGGGAGUCAUUAAGGCACCGACCACCUCUCCCGGACGGAAAUACAGUAAGGAGCUUCAGAGCAAUGAAUGGGGAUGAACAUAAAAAAUGUCAGUAUAUGUUCAACUUGACUUCUCUGACAUCCUCUGAAAAUAUUCUUUCAGCCACAUUGCAUUAUUAUCUGGAGGAUCUUCUAAACUCCAGCCACAGAUGUCUUCAUUCCCUGUUCUGCACUCAACAUGGGCAUGCAAAACCUCAAUUUACUUUAUAUUCAACAUUGUGGAGCUUCACUGCUCUUCAAAAUCCUACUCACGUUAUUGGUAAUUUUAUCAUUAAUGUAUCAACAUCUCAGCAGGACCACCCUCCUUGGCAGUGGAAGGAUAUCACUCAGGCCGUACGUAAGGCCAAGAAAUAUGGUGAGGCUUUUCUUGGAUUCAAUUUGACAGUAGAAUAUGCAAAUCACAGAAGCAUAGAAGUUAUAGGACUUAAACCUUAUAUAUUGGUUUAUGCUAAUGACUCUGCAAUUUCAGAGCCUGACAGUGUUGUUUCCAGCUUGCAUGGGCCACAUACUCCUCUAGCACUAAAACCAAACAGGAAAACAGGAAAAGCUGGACAAAGAACAAAACGAUCUACAGAUAUUCUUUUACCCUUGCAAAACAAUGAGCUCCCUGGUGCAGAAUACCAGUACAGUGUGGAUGAAGAGGGCUGGGAAAAAAGGAAGCCCUACAAAACUCUUCAGGGACGUCAGAAUGAGAAGGAUAAAAAUAAGAAAAAGCUUAGGAAAGGUAGCCGUCAGAAGAGCCAAACACUUCAGUUCGAUGAACAGACCUUGAAGAAAGCAAGAAGAAAGCAGUGGAAUGAACCACAAAAUUGUGCACGACGUUAUCUAAAAGUCGAUUUUGCAGACAUUGGCUGGAGUGAAUGGAUUAUUUCCCCCAAAUCCUUUGAUGCAUAUUACUGCUCAGGUGCUUGCCAGUUCCCAAUGCCAAAGUCUCUGAAGCCAUCAAACCAUGCUACUAUCCAAAGCAUUGUAAGAGCUGUUGGUGUGGUACCGGGUAUUCCUGAGCCAUGCUGUGUACCAGAAAAAAUGUCUUCGUUAAGCAUCCUGUUCCUUGAUGAAAACAAAAAUGUUGUUCUUAAAGUUUAUCCCAACAUGACAGUGGAGUCUUGUUCCUGCAGAUGA